AUGGUAAUAUGUGGUGAGAACUAUCAUCGAAUAGGUUCUUUAUUACCACCUAUCGGACAAAGACCGAAAUUUGCUCAAUUAUACAUCUUUGAUCCAUCUACAGAAGUUGAAGAAAGGAUGGCAAACUUCUCAAAUAAUGACAAUGUAUUACUACCAGAAAUUGUAGAGGGGCUGAUACAAAUGCUAGAUGAGACAAAUGAGUUGGUACGAAGCUUCAGAAGAGUAAGACAAUGUCUACAGGAUCCUGCAAAUGAAAAUCUGCGCUUGAGAAUAGUGGGUUCUAGAAUACAGAAUGCAAGACAGUAUGAGUUACCUACAGGGGAAGAAGUUGCAGGCCUUAUACCUGGAGAUUUCCAUCCUGAGAAACGCGAUAGAGAUAUUAUUGUUGAACACAGAAGUGAAGGCCUAAGACGUAUCACGAGUUUGAACCCCAAAUAUGAUGCAUUACAUUUUCCUCUGCUCUUUCCGUACGGAGAAGAUGGCUACCAUACAUGCAUAUCAUAUGCUCAAGAAGUACUUAAUCCAUCAGCACACUGGAUACAACUACCAGAUAAGUUUCUCAUCCCUCAUACAGGAAACAAGAUUGAAGCAAUUACUGAUGUCGUUUAUAAUGAUUUUAUGGCUAACUAUGAAGAUACCAGGUAUAUUCAGAAUCGAGCUAUAGUAACGCCUACAAAUCGCACGGUUUCAGAGAUUAAUGCCUAUAUGUUAGAUAAACUCAAGGGUUGUGCCACGACAUAUUACAGUUCUGAUUCCCUCGAAGGUGACACAGCAAACAAGAGUAACUUAGAAGAAGAAUAUCCAACAGAAUUCUUGAACAGCUUAUCAUUCAACGGUGUCCCAGAACAUGAAAUACAAUUGAAGGUCUCAACUCCAGUGAUCCUUCUUCUUAACCUGAAUCCAUCUAUUGGCCUUUGCAACGGGACAAGGAUCAUGAUAACACAUUUGGGUGAAAACGUGAUUCGAGGUGAUAUUAUUGGAGGAUCAUAUGACAAUACAACAGUUGCUAUUCCUAGAAUUGUGCUCAAUGUAACUCAACAUCGUUGGCCGUUCAUCUUAAAGAGGAGACAGUUUCCAAUCAGGUUGUGCUAUGCAAUGACUAUAAACAAGAGUCAAGGACAAAGCCUCGAUAUAGUGGGUGUUUACUUACCAAAGCCGGUGUUCAGUCAUGGACAACUAUACGUAGCUGUUUCACGAGUUCGAUCGGCUGAUGGUCUGCAUAUACUGGUUGACAAUGACGGAGAAAUUCCACCAUACUACACCAGAAACAUAGUAUAUGAAGAAACCUUUUUGGAUGUCAAUGCAACAACUGAGUCUCAUACAGGUGAUCAAUUAAGUUUCUAUCAUCAAAAUAAUAGCAACCAUAUAAUUACUACUAUGCUUGCUUACGUACUACAGUUAACCAAAACAUAUACUCCUAUUGCAGAAGCCAUGGAAAUUGACAGGGACGAGCCCAGACAGUAA